AUGUACGGAGAUGGCGACACGAAAUUGGUCAUAGCCCAUGUGGGUAGCUCAAAAUCUCACGACCAAUUUGACCAGCUGCCAGCCAUGACCUCGGAAACGGCAGCGAAAUGGAUGUCAGCGCUUUCCGAUGACCAAGCUGGUGUAUAUACAUUUUCUAAUUGCGUGUGUCUUUCCGACAUGUAUGGAGAUGGCGACACGAAAUUGGUCAUAGCCCAUGUGGGCAGUUCGAAGUAGGU